CUACCUAGGCUGAGAGAUCUGGGUCUUUGUUGUGCCAUACACCAUGGUCGCAGCCUGUCACACGGCUACAAGCUACUUCAACCUCUGGCUAAAAUCUGCCGGCUACAGUGUCGUAGAUGCAAACAUCUAUCCAACCGGUGGUAGUGCUCUGAACAUCGUUGCCACAGUCAUUUGGGGUAUCAUUGCGGACAGAACAGGCCAAAAUUACAACAUCCCCAAAGGCGCAUUGAUGUUUGCGUACUAUCUUUCGUAUGCUGGAUCAGCCGCAACUCCUGUGCUCAUUAGCUGGGCCAAUACGCUAAACGCAGACGAUCCUAGUCUCAGACAACUGCUCGUGGCCACUGCUAACGUCGUUUCCUAUGCUUGGGUUCUUUGGGUACCAUUGGUUCUAUUCCCGACAUAUGAUGCGCCGAAAUACAAGUACGGUUAUCAAAUCCUCAUUCUUUUCGGCGGCCUUGCAAUCAUUAGCGUCACGCUUAUGUGGUACAUGUACAGGCGAAGAGAUCAGAAGCUCGCUCAGCAGAACGACCAAGGUACUGAAGGGGGCUCAGAGAGGUCAGAUGAGCUGUAG